AUGUUUUUAUCUCCCCUAUCAGUUCGUUUUAGGGUGCUGAGCAACAACCACCUUCAAAUCCGCGGCAUAAAAAAGACGGACGAGGGCUCGUACAUCUGCGAAGGACGCUUGAUGGCCCGCGGCGAGAUUGAUCUACGGGUUAUCAAGGUCAUCGUGAACGUGCUCCCGACUAUCAGAGUGUGGCAGUCAGAGGUGAAUGCCACUGCAGAUGUGGGCCAAUCUGCCAUGUUGACUUGUGCAGUUGAUGGCUAUCCUGAACCCAUGGUGACCUGGACAAGAAACCAAAUGGUUCUUGAGGCGGGGGAGAAGUACAGCUUCAACGAGGACGGCUCAGAAAUGUCCAUCAUGGAUGUCAGCAAGCUGGAUGAGGGCGAGUACACCUGCAUCGCCAGAAACAAAGCCGGUGAAACUGAGCAGGAACUCAGUCUGAGAGUAUUUGCGAAACCUAAGAUCACCUACAUAGUGAACCAAAGCACCUCCGAAAUGGAGGAGCAAGUGACUCUAACUUGCGAGGCUUCGGGGGAUCCCACACCCACCAUCAGCUGGAGUUAUGGUGACCGCGUCUUUACCGACGGCGAGCAGGCACACCUAAACAGGAUCUAUCAGGUAUGAAAUCGGCGUGGCACAGAAAAUGUACUGUUGUAAAGUGCGUCUCCAGAUUUCAGCUGAAAUCAAAUAAUCCCAUUUUGACUGGAAGGCGUUCCAUAAAACUCACUCGAUUGCUGCAUGCCCU